AUGGGUCUACUGUGGAUCCUGCCUUCCCUGUGGCUCCUCCUGCUUGGGGGGCCUGCCUGCCUGAAGACCCAGGAACACCCCAGCUGCCCAGGACCCAGGGAACUGGAAGCCAGCAAAGUUGUCCUCCUGCCCAGUUGUCCCGGAGCUCCAGGAAGUCCUGGGGAGAAGGGGGCCCCAGGUCCUCAAGGGCAACCUGGACCACCAGGCAAGAUGGGCCCCAAGGGUGAGCCAGGAGAUCCAGCAAACCUGCUUCGGUGCCAGAAAGGCCCCAGAAACUGCCGGGAGCUGUUGAGCCAGGGCGCCACCUUGAGCGGCUGGUACCAUCUGUGCCUACCUGAGGGCAGGGCCCUCCCAGUCUUUUGUGACAUGGACACGGAGGAGGGUGGCUGGCUGGUGUUUCAGAGGCGCCAGGAUGGUUCUGUGGAUUUCUUCCGCCCUUGGUCCUCCUACAAAGCAGGUUUUGGGAACCAAGAGUCUGAAUUCUGGCUGGGAAAUGAGAAUUUGCACCAGCUUACUCUCCAGGGUACCUGGGAGCUGCGGGUAGAGCUCGAAGACUUUAAUGGCAACCGUACUUUCGCCCACUAUGCGACCUUCCGCCUCCUCGGUGAGGUAGACCACUACCAGCUGGUGCUGGGCAAGUUCUCAGAGGGCACUGCAGGGGAUUCCCUGAGCUUCCACAGUGGGAAGCCCUUCACCACCUAUGACGCUGACCACGAUUCAAGCGGGAGCAACUGUGCUGUGAUUGUCCACGGCGCCUGGUGGUAUGGAUCCUGUUACCGAUCAAAUCUCAAUGGUCGCUACGCAAUGUCUGAGGCUGCCGCUCACAAAUAAGGCAUUGACUGGGCCUCAGGCCGUGGUGUGGGCCACCCCUACCGCAGGGUUCGGAUGAUGCUUC